UGUCAAGUUAGAUGCAAUAGCUAAUAGGGUAUAACAUGGUAAUGUGUCAGGGGAUGCUCAUGUGUACUUUCAGCUUUAUAUGCUACUAAUCUCAGGAGGACAGAAUAAGUGGUAGCAACCAAAAGUUUAAUUUUAAAAGAGAUUUCUAACAAGCUCCAGACACCUCCACUAACUUGACUAGCAAGGCAAACAAUGGCAGUAAACAUUUAUUCCAGCCUUUUGCUAUUGUUCUUGACCAAUACUGUGUGGACUCGAACUGUGAGACAAGCCUAUGAUGUGACAGAUCCUGAGGACUGGCCUUACUUCACCUUCGAAUGUCCAAAAGAAUGCUUCUGCCCUCCCGGUUUCCCUAAUGCUUUAUACUGUGAUAACAAAGGACUUAAAGAAAUACCUGCAAUCCCAGCAAGAAUUUGGUACCUCUAUCUUCAAAACAACUUUAUUGAAACAAUUUCUGAGAAGCCUUUUGUAAAUGCCACUUAUCUGAGAUGGAUAAAUUUAAACAAAAACAAAAUCACCAAUAAGGGGAUUGAAAAUGGUGCACUGAGCAAAUUGAAGAGGUUGCUUUACUUGUUUCUGGAAGAUAAUGAAUUGGAGGAGGUGCCUGCUCCUUUACCAACAAGCCUGGAGCAGCUGAGACUGGCUAAAAACAACAUCUCUCGGAUUCCUGAGGGAGUCUUUAGCAACUUGGAAAACCUCACGCUGCUAGAUCUGCACCACAACAUGCUGUUGGACAGUGCUCUUCAAAGUGACACCUUCCAGGGACUCAACAGUCUCAUGCAACUCAACAUAGCAAAAAAUUCACUCAAGAAAAUGCCAUUAAGCCUUCCAGCGAAUACGAUGCAGCUGUUUUUAGACAACAAUUCUAUUGAAGUGAUACCAGAAAACUAUUUUAAUGCGAUACCCAAAGUGACUUUCCUUAGACUGAACUACAAUAAAUUAUCUGAUGAUGGUAUUCCCCCAAAUGUGUUUAAUGUUUCAUCUAUUUUAGACCUACAGCUGUCACACAACCAGCUCACUAAAAUUCCACCUAUCAGUGCUCAACUUGAGCAUCUUCACCUUGAUCACAACAGGAUCCAAAAUGUCAGUGGCACUCAAAUUUGUCCAGCCUCCAUUAGCAUAGAAGACUAUGUUCCCUACAAUGAUUUCCCACGCCUCCGCUAUCUACGCCUGGAUGGAAACGACAUUCAGCCUCCAAUUCCACUGGACAUCAUGAUAUGCUUUCGGCUCCUACAGGCCAUCGUUAUUUAAAGAAAUGACAUCUGACCACCUCAUUUGCAUUUGCCAGAUUUUUAAGAAGCAAGUUUUGCUGGCAUGAAACCUGUUCUAAUUUAUAGUUCGAUCAGUAACAAUUUUCUUUCAAUUUUAAAUUUUCUUCCUUCUAUAUUUUUACAAAGAUUAUUCUUCAAAAAAAGGGUCUCUGCUUCUAUAUGGCAUAUUUGCUUAAUUUAAAAAAAUCAUAUUGCAAAUAUAUUACAAGUUAUGAAUUAUUACAUUUCCAAUGGUUCCAAAGCACACUCUUGUUUAUUGUUUGAUUUCCUUUUUAAACCAGAUAUUAAAUAUAAGGUCUGUUAAGGCCCUUGCUAUACCACCAAAUUAUAUUAUCCCUAAACAGCAUUGUAAUACUUAUUUUUUUAAAUUCAGGUGCACUUGAAUUGACAUGCAUGUUAAAAAGUCAUGUACUACAUUAUUACAAAUCAUAACUAACAUUGGCCAUUCCUAAAAAAGCCAUCACUAUAAGUGGUUGUGAACAAUCCAUCAUUCUGUAGAUAAAAUUGAACAAAAUAUUUACUUUGCAUAUGGAAAUAUUUCAACUGAUACUUUUUUCCACAGGUAUACAAUGUCUCUAAGAAAGAAAACUAUGUAUUACAUAUAAAUAAAAAAACUCAAAACUAGAAGCAAGGAAAUCUAAGGUAAAAUCCUGGCUUCACUGAAGUCAACGACAGCUUUGCUACAGACUACAGUAGGAUGAGGAUGUCAUACCUAGUCUUUCCAUUCUUGCUUUGCAACUGUUCUUCUCUGUGGCCUUAGAACAAUCACUUAAAUAAUGGGUUUUACAUAGCACAGAGGUAAAAUCUAAAAACAUUUGAAAAGCUGUUGCUGUUAUAGUUAUUAUUACUAAGAUACAAAGAAACCCUAAAGUAUGUGCAUCAGAUACAUGGCAAUGAUGUGGUAAUGUGUUUUCAGAGGAAGAACACACCAAGAAUAAAAUCAAAUAUAAUCAGUUCAGUGUAAUACUUAGUAAUCUAUUGGCACAUGUAACAACACUGGAUUUAAGAAAAUCCAGAUGCUUAGAGUGUGGCACUUUGAAAAUGCAUUAAUAGUGGCAGUGCCAUUAGGAUAUCUUUUUAAGAAGUAGUUCUUUAUUUAUAGUAAAGUAUACAGGCAGUCCUCGGACUUACGACACAACUGGUUCCUGAAAACCGCAUCUUAAGUCUAAAUGUUGUAACUCGGAACCAAUUUUCUCAUAGGAAACAAUGCUAUAAAUGGGGGAUUGGUUCCUGAACCAAGGCCAGAUACCCUAUUUUCACCAAAAGUACCUCAGAAUUUUGUACUCAAUCAAUUAUAGGUAAAUAAUACAUCUACAUCAAUGUAUUUACAGUAAAAGCUGUGUUAACCGGCACCUUACAAGCUGGCAUGCUCUGUUAACCAGCAUGCCGGCUUGUAAGGGAAAAGUGAAAUCAGAAGUGCCCACCAUGGCACUUCCAGUUUCAUGGAGCCCCCACAACCCGAGGGAAAGCAUACUGCACUGCCAAGCCCUCAUGGCCCGGGGCAUAGCAGGCUGCACGGGUCCUUCCCUCCCUGUUCCUCAGGGCCAACAGGAGGGGUGGCAAUGCGGCAGGAGGGGUGGCAACACCCCAGAUGUGGUGGGACAGGUGGCAACCCAAACAGGCAAAAACGCCUGUUUGGGCCGCUCAGGAAUCCAGAAUAUUUUGUUAUCUGGCACCCUCUAUUCCCCACGGGUGCCAGAUAACAAAGCUUUUCCUGUAUAUUGUAAGUAGCAAUCAUAUUGAUUUGGAAGGACUUCUUUGAGGUGACUUUGCUGGACUUUUUGAAGGGCUCUUGGCUGGAUUCUUCUCAAGAGUCUUGGCUGCAGGUUUUUCUGGAGUCUUGUCUGCUUCUUAAAGAAAGUGUCCAAGGAAGUUUGGACAGAUGUUCUCCAGGGAGCUGGGCGACGCACCAAACUUCUUCGCUGGUGUGGUGUGGCAUUGGAUCAAGUGUUAUAAAAUUGAAACUGACAUCAGAAAGUUGAAACAGGGUGUCAAUUUAUAAAUAUUGUAAGUGCAAAAUGUUGUAACUCGAAAUGUAUGUCCAGAACUGCCUGUACUUUGGUAGUAGGGUAUCAGUACACAACCUGAAUAUUAGAGUGGGAAAAUAAAAUUUGUUUGCUAUUGUUGAUAGCCAUUAUAAGGAAUAACUCACCAAUUAUAUUUUUAGUUUACUUUUGCCUUUAUGUAGAAGGAAGUAGUUGCUGUUUGAUGGCCUGUGUCUAAUUCUGACAUGUUAAGACUGUUCAGUAACAAGCAUAAAAAGACUAGGUAUGUUGUAUGUGAAUUUAUUUUUCCCUCAAGAAUGAAACAUUUUUUUUUAGUAAUGGAUAGAGGAGAUGAUUUUGAGACGUGCUUAAGAAAUCAAAAUUCUAAUUUAAGUUUGUCAGAAUUUCAUAAAAUCAGGCCUGAAUUGAUUUAAUUCUACUGUAGUGCAUUAGCAGUAAUAUUCAUAGUAUGUUGAUAUAAUGGGAUACUGCAUUGAUCUUUCAUUGCAGUUUCCCAAAAUUAUCAUUUUUUUUUAACCAGCACAUUGGAAUCAAGUGUACUCAAUGUCUGAAAUCAUGGUAGCUUACUAAAUGGACACUUAAAUAUCAAGGUGUAAGACCCACUCAGACUAAGAAUCCUGUAGAGCUAGUAUGGUUAAACUACAGCAACUUCUAUAACUCAUUGCAGCAUCAUGACCAACUCCCUUUGACUCCCCAUAAUGAAUGACAAGGCAGCCAAGUCAAUGGGGUGCAGACUUUGCCAAGGGUUCAGAGUGCUGCUCAAAUGUGCACCUCUGCAACUGAAACAGGAACCCUUAACUGCUCUGCCAGUGAAUUUCAUUAAAUGGACACUAAUAAAGUAAAAAUCAGGCUUCUGGAAUAAAACAUCACCAAGAUAGAAGUAGAUCUUUCAUACACUCUGUCAUACAAAUGUUUUGCUUAGCAGGUUAUAUCCAUGUGCUGGUUGAUUGAAACAAUCCUGUCCUUAUAAUGAAAUGUUUUUUGUACUGAUAUGUUCAUAAGAAAAAAAAAAAGAUUAAAAGUAGCUCUACAGUACAUACGCAUGUUUAGUUAUGUGCUUCAUUUAUGGUAGCAUAUAGUAAUUUAUUUUUUAGAACACAAUUUCAUGUGAUAUUAUUACUAAAUAAAUUAAGGUAAUGACUAUAUAA